CUUACAAUAAAAAAAAAUCCCGGAAGUAGCUUAUCUAAAAGCUUGUGCAAUGUCGGGCUGGACUUGAAAAUGAACUUCCGGUACUCGAAGAUGAUGUUUUGAAAGUGAAGCGAUGGAAAAUAGUGGUUUACCUGAAGAUAAUUCUGUCCCACAAGAAGGCCAGAAUACAGCUGGACUGGAAGUUAUUAACAUCCCACUGCUACAUGUAGAUGGAAGCAAUAAUAUAGCCCUAACAAGGCUGCUUGCCCAGCAUGGUAUUACCCUACAGACUGGUCUUAGUGAUGUUCAAAAUGGACAGCUUCUGUCUGUUAAUGGUGUAGAAUCAUUAUCACAAAACAACAUUGAAGCAUCAAGUCUUAUUGAAAGUACCAAUCAGAUUGUAUUUACUUCAUCAGGAAAUGUGGACAAUCAAAUUUCAACCAAUGAUGGUCUCCCUAUUGUUGGUAAUCAAAUGUUGUGUGUUCCCAACAUGACCCAGACAUUGACCUUUGUCACUGACUACAUGCCUGAUGUGGUUGCCAAUGGCAAUGUCCCAUCUGAUAACUUUCACAAUAACAUAAGUCUACAAUAUAGAAUACAGUCAUAUGAACCUUAUGAGGAAAAGAAGAUAUUUUCACAUGUAGUUGCAUUUUUGUCAGAGGACAUAUGUGCUGAGAUGUUUACCAACCAUUCUGGUUACUUAGAUCAGUUAGAAAAAGGUGAUGUGUUCCAAAUUACAAAACAAGAAGAAAGUUAUACUGUCGCUGGAGAGUUAUGGUCGUUGCUGAUGCUUCAGAAAAGACUACAGAAAUUAUUAAGAACUGGUAAAAAACAGUCAGCAGAAUACAAGAAACGAGAAUUCUGUAACAAAUGUGUUCAGACAGAAAAACCUAAGACAACUGAUACAGCUGUUCAGACUAACUAUCCAAUAAAAAAACAAGGAUUAGUCAACUGUGGUACAAUGUGUGAAAUCCUCCUGCCCUCUGUCACAGCUUUUGGGCGGGAAAUAAAACAAUCUGGGAGGUAUAACACUAAUACUUCUACAUUCCUCUCUCAUUCUGUUGAUGAAGACAUGGAUGAAGAAUAUACACCGAGGACAAGCAGAAGAAAAAGGAAGGCACCUAAAAGAGCUGUAAUAGCUUAUGAACAUAGUGAUAUGAAGAUAAAAAAUGACAAGGUCAAACAAAGUCAGAGGAUUGUUGUUGUACAAGAUGAUACUGUUACUGUCAAAGACUGUAAUACAAAACCAAAUCGGUCCACCAAACAACCUGCAGACGUGACGACUGAUGCUAGUAUUCAUACAACAAAUGGGAAGACAAAUUGUAACGAGACAGGCCAGGACAUAUCAAUACCAGGGACAAAUGAAAAUAAUACUAUGGAAUGUUUUAGUACUCAGCCAGUUAUUGCUACUAAUUUACUUGAUAAUUAUCAGUCUAUAGGAACUGAUAUGGAAGAAAACAAUGACGUUGUACACAACUAUGAGUCACAUGACAAUUUAUCUGCUGACACAAAUACAUGCAAUGAAGCUGCAUUUAUCCAAUCAGAACCUUUAAAAUCUACGGGAGAAGUCUUCACAGCUUCAACUAGUGAUUAUACGUCUAUUACAUCAGAAGACAGUUCAGAAGAGAAUGAUAUAGCAAAUGGAACCAGUUUACUUGAUGAGCCCAAUUCUAUACAGAAUAAUGUAGGUAGUACCAGACUAAACACCUUACCUCAAGAAGAUCAAAUUCAAGCUGCACUUAGAGCUAGUCAAAUUUGUUUUGAAGAAGUUCCAGAAUUGCAACCAUCAAAGUCAAAAACAAAUACGAAAAAGAAAUCCAAGAAAGAUUAUGAAGCUGCCACUCCUUUCAAGUUCUUUUGUGAUAAGUGUUCAUUUAAAUCAAAACGUCACAGUCAUUUAAUUAAACAUUUAAAAUUCCAUGAAACUGUUAGAAAAAUGUUUUAUUGUAAACAAUGUAACUACAAGACAAUCCGUAACGGGGCACUACGACGUCAUGAAAUGUCACACAGUUCAAAUGUCAUGCAUUGUAACCAAUGUAAGUACACUACAGAUGAUUUUAUAAGUCUCGAUCGUCAUAUGAAAAUCAAACAUGAUUUGGCCAUAUCAAAAAAGAAAAAGAAAACUAUUUAUAAAUGUCCAAAAUGUGAUUACACUUCAAUGAUGCCUUCACGUUAUGCUGCUCAUCUUAGACUUCACAAAGACCUGAGUGGUUCGGGUAGUAGUGACAUCAUGUUAGCCUUACAACAGUUUGAGGAUAAGCCUGAAGAACAGCAGACUUUCCAGUGUAGCCUCUGCUCCUAUAAAUCCAUCAGGAAGGAACAUCUUGUACGACAUGUCAACAAUGUACAUACUGAUCAUCGACCUUUCUUAUGUGAUAUUUGUGGUCAGUCAUUUAAAAGGAAGGAUGCUCUCUCACAACACAAAAUAACCCACGUUGAUAAACUAAACAGGAACUAUUCUUUCCACUGUACAGUAUGUAAGAAGCCUUUCAGAUCAAAGACACAUUUGAAUGAACACAUGGCUAUGCAUUCUAACAUCCGUCAGUAUCUAUGUGAUAUAUGUGGAACUUCAUUUAAGACAAAAUCUUGUCAACAGAAACAUAUAAAAUCUAUUCAUCAUAAUCCCAGAUCUUUUGAAUGUAAUUCAUGUUUGAAAAGGUUCAACACAAAGUUUGCAUUGUUACGACACCUUCGAAUACAUGAGAAGCCAACAAACCUGAUAACAACCCAGAUUGUUUCCAAUGUAGAGACAGUCAUACCUCAGAUCUUUCAGACACUUGAUUCACAACCUGCCACUUUAGUACAGGAUAUCAUCACAACAGAUGGCGAAGUUUAUGAAACAACAGAAGACAAUUUACAACAAGUCUUACUUAAAACAAAUGACUCAAAUGAGAGUGCAACAGCUAUAAUGUAUCUUCCAACUAGUCUGCAACCAGGUUGUUUCUGAUUCUUUUUUAUUAUUCAGAUCCAAGAAAAAUAAACUACAGUAACUAUGUUUGUUCAAUAGGAAGAUGUUUUCUGUAGGUCUAAAGUAAUUUGCAUAUCAUUUUAACUGAUAACAAAAAUCUCUAAUUACUAUUACAUAGGUAAUUUCUGGUCAUGUAGACUGGAAACCAAGUUAUUUGUUAAGGUUUAAUUUAAUUUAUAGUAUUCUAACUGGGCAGCAUCUGUUAUUUUUCACUGUACUUCCUAUAAUAAAACUUAUGCUAUUUGUAUCAUGAUGAUAUAUAUAUCUUUUCAAAUUAGAUAAAAAUUGGCACACCAGACACAGGCAAUUUCAAAUACAAGAAGAUAUAUAAAAAUAGUUCUUGAUAGUUAUACUUAAGCAUUUAUAAGGUAUCAAAUUAGUGACAGAAAAAUAGAAGCAAUUGAUCUUUUAUUCCUAAUAAAUAAAACAUUUAAUGAAAGUGUUACUGUAUCUGGCAAAUUUAAGAUAAUGACACAAUUCAUGUUUUAUUAAAACCAAUGCUCUAUUUAUAAUAAGACUAGGAAAAAACUAAAUUAUUACUUAUUUCUUCUAUUUAUAUAAGUUGUCUUAUAUGAGAAGACUAUAUAUACAUUGUUACAUGUAUCACAUAGAACUGAUCAACAAAAGCAAUCUCAAAAAGCUUUAUACUGUCUUGAGCAGCUAAUAUGUAUGUAUAUCAUUCAAAACACUUAAUAGGACUGUUGUGACUUAUUAUCAGCACAUUAACUUUGGCUAUUCAAAUUGGUGUAGAUCUGAUAAGGGUAAAGCAAGAUAAAAAUUAUCAUCAUUGGUUAAAUAUUCUGACAACAGAGUUGUCCAUAUUAGACAUGUUUAUCAUUGCAAAACUGUUAAAUGAAGAUAUGAAUAAUCUAGCCAUGGGACUUGUGAAUAUGAUGUUUUUUCAAAAGGUGCAUUUUAAGUAAUAUUUGCCAGUUGCAUCCUAUAAUGACCCAGUGUCAUAUGGUAUUUUGAACCCCCAAAAAGUGAACCCUUGGUCAAAAUACCAUGUGGUUCAAAAUACCAUAUGACACCGGCAGAAUUAACAUUUUCAUUAUGUUAUUAAAACAUAGCUUCUUAUUCUGGUAAUUAUAGUGGCAAAUAAUGGCUCUUUUUACUCAAAUUUACUGUUUUUACAGACAUUACACCAAAUACUUCAUCAUUUGGAUAAGAUAUAAAGUAUGCUUUUUUUAGAUACUUUAUUUCAAUGAGUUAUUUUACAGAUCUGUUGAUUUAACAUCCAUGUUAUUGUUUCUACCUCUGUCUGGUUUGUUUUGUAGCUUGAAAUUAAAUAAAAUGGUAUCUAAGUUUUA